AUGUUUCCGGAGGCUGUCGCACAGUUGACUCGGUACGCGAAGGGAUUAUGCGGUGGAGAGGUAACCCUGCAUAACGGUGAAUUUGAGCUGCGAACGAUUGCCCGCCAACACUACCUAUCCUUGUUCGAUAAUGUCAUCCCACAUAUCAAGGCGCUGCUAUAUGAACACAAAUACAACCUGCUCAACCAAUUUGCACCCGAUAUUGAGUCAAGCAGGUACUCCCAAUACUAUUUGUAUUUGAAGAAGAAUGCAGAAGACCCUGCAGCCAGACCCAUGAGAUCCAAGCGACAGGAUACUUCGGCAUCACCGGAGGGUACGCAUUAUACGCUGUCAAUAUUACAGCUACGCUCGUGCAAAUGCGCACCGAAGGCAGUAUGA